CAUGCAGUCAACCACAUAAGAAGGAUUGGUGACGACGCGCACACACUCGCACACACGAUGGCUCACACUGCAACACGCUGUAGUGCUCCGGUUCAUUUCUUUAGAACAAGAUAAAUGUUGGAGGAUGGUGUUUCACGUCGCAAAGCUCGAAAGGAGGAACAAGGGUACACAUGCCAUCGGCUGAAUAUCACAACAUCCUUAAACAUCCACGCGCCAUGAAUGUCACGCCGUUGCAGAGCCAUGACUCUGCCUGCGGCAACAACACCGGCCAAAACCACGAAGUGUACAACAAGGUGCUGCUCUCCAUCUACACGGUGGUGCUGCUCAGCGGCAUCACGUGCCUGGUUCUGACGAUGCGCGUCCUGAAGUUCGCCAGCCACUCGCUGACCACCAUCGCCGUGCUCAACCUCGUCUUCGCCCAUUUCCUCUUUCUGGUCACCCUGCCCUUCCGCAUCUACUACUACGCAGUGGGCCAGUGGACCCUGGGCGACGGCCUGUGCAAGGCCGUCAGCAGCAUGAUCCACGUCCACCUCUACAUGUCCUUCGUCUGCUACGUGGUCAUCCUGGUCACGCGGCUCCUGCUCUUCCACAAGCGGGCCAACCAGGUGGAGUUCCACCGGCGGACGCACGCGCUCAUUGGCAGCCUGGCCAUCUGGGUGGUGGUGGUGGUGGUCCUGCCCUGCGUCAUCUCCUUCACCUACGGCAACAAGAACACCACCAAUGAGACGUGCUUCGAUUUCGGCAAAGAUAUCAAGGAUGGCGCCAUGGCCCUCAACUAUGUGAGCGGCUCGGUGAUCAUCGGCGUGUCCGUGGUACUGACCGGCCUGCAGGCUCACGUGCUGCUAGUGCUCUACCGGGAGCACGGGCGCACCUGCUUCGGCCAGCAGGUGUUUGCCGCGCAGCUGAAGAGCCUGUGUUUCGCCCUGGUUAUGAUGGUGUGUUUCGUGCCCUACCACAUGUUCCGGAUGUAUUACAUCUCCCACCUGACAUGCCAGCACAUCAACGAGGUGUUCCUGAGCCUCACCACGCUCAACUGCCUGGACAUGCUCACCUUCCUGGGGAAGGGCACGUGGUUGUGGUGCUAUAAGUGAUGGGGGCUCCGUGUGGGGGGGUGCUGGGGGGGUGUGUGUGUUGUGGAUGAGAGAGAAUCUGAGGGAAAGAAAGUUUUGAGAAAAAAAAAAGGAUGUGGCCUGAAUAAAGGAAGAAAGAUAUUGUUUUCUUUGAGAGAGAGAGAGAGUGAGAGAGAGAUACUUGUGUCUCGUCUUUUCUCUAAACCACUGUUUUACCCAACCAGUGUGCUGUAACAUUGGUUGGAGUUGCUUUAUUAUUGAUUAAACGUUACACGUGAUGUAAGUCGUAAACUUGCUCCAUUUCAAGACUUAUUUGUGAAAUAAUUCAAAGGCCUGUACGAUUUUGAGCAGCCUCUAUGUACACAUUUCUAAUAAUCAAGAUUCAAGAAGCUUUAUUUAUCCUGAGGGAAAUUACUGUGCAACAGUUUCUACACAAAGGUGGUUAAGUAAAGUACUACAGAGUAAGAGUAACAUAACAUGAACUAAAAUAAACAAAAUAAAAAUAAAAGAAAGGCUAAAAUAAAAUAAAUCAUGCCAUGCAACUUUGAUGGGACUAAGCCCCAGAAAGUUGGGGAACCAGUUUGCUAAGGCUGUUAACAAGCACUGAUGAUUGCUGGUCGGGUCUAAGCUAUGGGUGGAUUACUCUGCACCACGCCACUCAGCCUGGGUGUGUGUGGUGUUGUGAGUAAUGAUCCAUUACUCAGUAAUGAUUUAUCCCGUUCUGGACUCAGUGAGUUUGUUCUCUUGAAAUGUGUUUCAUUGUUACAUGAGACGGUAAGGAAUGCUAAGUGAGCUUGAACAUAAAAAAUAAAAACAAAAGAUAAUCCCACUUAAAAGCA